AUGUGGGCUUUCCUGGCCCAGCUGCUGGUCGCCCUAGUGCUGCUGGCCUUCUUUCUGGUCAGCUGCCAGAACGUCAUGCACAUUAUCAGGGGCUCUGUCCGCUUCCUGCUCAAACACGCCCACCGUGAGCUGGACAAGGAGCUUGGGGAGAGCCCCGGGCUGGCGGACGACGAGGAGACUCUCUCCACCCGGGUCGUCCGCCGGCGCGUCCUUGGGAACGAAGUCCUUCAUCUUCCUGGAGAGCAGGUGACUGAGGAGCAGUUCACAGAUGAGCAAGGCAACAUUAUCACCAAGAAGGUCAUCCGGAAAGUGGUGCAUCAGCUAGGCCCUGGUGACACAGAUGACAGGCAGGAGCAGGAGGAGCUGAUUCUGGAGGGCUCCCUGAAGGACCCCCUAAACCUGGAGACUGAGGAUGAUCACUUCAUGAAAUACUCCAUCCUGCACCGGGACGGUCUGGGGGCCAAGGAGGAGGUGCGAGUGCGUGGCCCGAAACCAGAGGUCUCCGGGGGCAGGAUGGGGGCUCAAAUAGUGAAACGAGCCAGCCUGAAAAGGGGGAAGCAGUGA